AUGUUAUCAUCACCCUCAUAUCCAGCCAAUGGUGGUGAUUCAACAAUGCCUGGCAGUUAUGAACCAUUCACAGGAUUAGCACCUGGCAAUGCACCAUUUUCAAGGUCACCUUCAGCACCUCGACCUAUAAUUCCAAGUGGAAGAACACCAUUUCCACAACUCUCUCCUGCUUCAUCACCCGGGAGAACACCAUUUCCACAACUUUCUCCUGCUUCAUCACCCGUGAGAACACCAUUUCCACCACAUUCUCCGGCUUCACCACCUGGAAGAACACCAUUUCCACCACUUUCUCCAGUUUCACCACAUAGAAGAACACCAUUUCCUAGGAUACCUCCCUAUGGUAGUCCACCAAUGAGAGGGCGACCGAUUAUACCGAGACGUCAACGAUCAAGACAUCGUCAACGUAGACGAAGAUCACUCACACCAAAGAUUGUUUUAGAACGACCAGGUCGUCGUUCAUCAUGUGGACGACGUCGUGUCAUUAGAGUUUCACUUGAUCCUUGUCCGACUCUUGGCUUACGUGGACCACCGAAACGUAUGCUAGAAAUCGAACGUGUUCGAUGUCGUCGACGUCGACGAUGUCGACCUGUAUGCUGUGAAUAUAAUUAUGGAGGACUAGUACCAUCACCACCGCUACCACAACCAGCUACAAUAAUUGCCAAUGCUAUUCCAAAUCCAUGCAUACAACCAGUUCAAUCACCAUUGAUUAUACCAUGUAAUAAUCUUGCUGCUACAGCUUCAUCGUCGUAUCUUUCAAAUCUAACUCCACAAAUGAUUGAAAAUUUACCAAAACAAACUGUUCAUUUACCACCUAUACAUCUACCUGGUAGUUGUGCUAAUGCUGAUACAGAACUUGAAACUGUUGUAUUCCCUGCUGAAAUAAUCGAUCCAUUAAAUGGAACUUUAUCAAUUAUUCAAAAUAAUCCUGGAGUGAAUACUGUUGGAACUUCAAAUAUUCAACCUAUUCUUGCUGCUCCUGUUCAAUCUCAAGUGAUUAGUAGACCUACAAUAGUUAGUACACCUAUUGUACCUAGAGGACUACCAAUAUUGCCUACAACGACAUCAGAUCCAUUAAUGCAAAAAUUUCAACAAGUAUUUCAACGUCUUCGUUUUCCAAGUACACGGCAAAUAUCACAAGUACCGAGUCCUCCUAUAAUUCGAACUGCAUUACCGAAUAUUUCACCAAUUACUCCAAUCAACAAUAUUAUAAAUGGUCCACCGACUGUCUCAUUAAUCAAUACAUCAAAUGGUGGACCUUAUCCUUCAGCUAAUAUUCAACCUGUUAAUCCAUUAAAUAUUGCAUCUUAUCGUCCAGCUAGUACUGGUCCAAUUGUUCCAUCAAAUGUUACUCCAUAUCGUUCAGCAAAUAUUACACCAUAUCGUCCAUCAACUUUUACACCAUAUCGUCCAUCUACUUUUACACCAUCUGCUCUAGCAAAUAAUCCAACAUAUCGUCCUACAAGUAUUCCACCUUCUAGUUCGUUAGAGACCGGUCCGUACCGUCCUGCAAAUAUUACACCUUAUGUUAAUACAGCUGAUCGAUCUAGUAAUAAUCCACUAUCACAAUCAGUUUUAUCUUCUGCACCUAUUCGUUACACUUCAACUGCACCAAUAGCAUCUUCAAAACCUCUUAGUACUUUUGAUCCUUUCGAGUCUUCUUCUCCUUCUGGAGUUGGUCACAACUAUAUAAAUUUAGAAUCAUCGUCAUCGACUACUUAUCAAUUAAAUAAUUCCAUGCCAAAAUCGAUUCUUCGUAAUGGAUUAUCGUCUAAUACUACUUAUACUCCUUUAAUAUCAUCUAAUGUUUCAUCUUCUAAUGAUGAAGUGAAUAAGACGGCAAAAUUUAUUUAA